AUGACGCGAAUGAUAUCUAAUAAAUUGAUUCGUUCACAUUUGCAAACAGUUAAUAAUGAUGCUAAAAGUCUCACUAAAGACCAAUUGAAAGUUAUCUUUGAUGACAUUCUCGAUGAAGUGAGCAUACAUGAAAAAUAUGAUGAAUCCAUUGUUUGUCCAGAUUGCGUCGAUCAGUUUUUAGAUGCUAUCAUGCAUAUUCCUAUCAAACAAUUAACAUCCGAACCUCUCGUUUCUCAUCGUUUAUUUUCGUUUAUUUGUGAUAUUCUCAUUGAUAUUUUAAGAAAAUGGAAACCAACCUCUUUAUGUUUAAAUAUUCAAGAAACAAAUAUUUUUGAAAAAAUUAUUCAGUUAUUUUCAAUGAUUAUAGAUCAAGAUGGAACUAUGAACAAAUUAUUGAUUAAUGAUGAAUUACUCGAGGAAAUCAAACUUCGAAUGGAAGAUAUUUUGAACAAUAAACAAAAUCUCAAUAACGAUCCAAACAUCAACAAUUUAGGAAUUUUUGCUACAAAAAUUCUACAUAACACUACCUUUUUGGAUGAUGCGAAAAAUGCAUCGUUAUUAAUGAAUUUCAUUAUAAAUUGUAUCAGUUCGUUGGACUACAUUAAUGCAGUGAAACAACUGCAAUCGGUACCAGUUCUUCUCAAUCAAGCAGACAAAUUCUUGUUGUAUACAAGUUUCGAAUAUUUUCCCAAAUAUUGUCCAUCGGAUACAAAAAAAUCUAUAAUCAACGAAUUUUGUAUGAUCAUGUUAGAACGUUAUGAAUACAUGUUAGACCGCUUAUUAUCCUUCAAACUUAACACCCAGCCGAUUAUUCGGUCGUUGGAAUACAUUCUCAAUAUUAUAUAUAAACUCUUAGAUACUCAAGUACCAGAUGUAUUUAGACAACAUGGCAAAAUCAUCGAUCAUCUAUGCACUAUCCUUGACAACACGAAUCUGAUUAAUUGUCUUCAAUUAUCGGAUGAUGCUAUAAACAAUCACUUGAACAUUCCAAAUUUUACCACAUUAAUAUUAUCGGCCAUCAAGACAUUUCAUGCUGCAUCCUCAAAUCCUGAUCUAUUGCCAAUAAUUAAAGAUAAACAAAAAACAGAAAUGUUUUUAAAGUUCUCUAAAAUAAAUAAUAAAGAGAUACAAAUAUAUGCCAACAAUAUUAUGAUAAAUACGAUGAGCGACCAUGAAAUAGAAUGUUUGGAUAAUGCACAAGAAAUUACAUCAAUGUAUAUUAAUAAAUUAAAACAAACAAUAAACGAUCCGAAUGAAGUCAGAAUACUGUUAUCGGGUCUAAAAGGUGUGGGAGAAAUCCUUGUUCAACAUGAUCAAAUGAAAGACGAAUUCAUAAAACAAGAUGGUCUUCCAUUGCUGAUUAAAUAUGCUUGUCAAGUUAAUGAUCAAUCCAUCGAAAUACAACGUGAAUCACUCGCUACUUUGUGGGCGCCCACGUUCAAUGCCAAUGCAGCCACUACUCUGAAGCAAGAUAAAGUAUUUAUGGCUCACGUCAAAUCUUUACUAAAUUCUAAUGAUCCAGAACUAAAGAAGAGUGCGGACGGCAUUAUUUGGAAAGUGGAAAAAGAACAAGAGUUCAAACAAAAGUUGAUUCAUCCACCAACCUCCUCUACAAAUGGAGACGAUGAAGAGAUGACGCCAAAAACUGCAUAUGAUAUUAUGAUUAGUUAUUCAUGGGCCGAUCAAGAAUUGUGCUCGAAAAUUCAUGAUGGACUUGUUGCUAAAAACUUUCGCGUUUGGUUGGAUAAAAAUGAAAUGCAUGGAUCAACAAUUGAAGCGAUGGCUAAUGCGGUUGAAUCAUCGGAAGUCAUUUUGAUGUGCAUGUCAGAAACAUAUAAAAAAAGUACCAAUUGUAAAUCGGAAGCAGAAUAUGCAUUUAAUCGAAAACGUCGAAUAAUACCAAUUAUUAUGCGAGAAAAAUAUUGUCCAGACGGGUGGUUAGGGUUUAUAGCAGGAUCGCGAAUGUAUAUUGAUUUUAGUGCCGUUGAUGUACAAACAGGAUUGGAAAAAUUGAUCAGUGAGAUUGAACUCAAUCGAACGAAACCAAAAGCACGACCGCUUCCAGAAAAAGUUCCCGAUAAAGAUUUAGUACUAUCACAAGGUGAUGAUAACACUCAUCCGAUUCAACUUGACGAGCCUAAGCCAUUAAUUACAUCUGAUACUCAUGAUGCCUUCAUUGACUCAUGGUCUGAAGAACAUGUUGCUGAUUUUUUACACAAAAAAAAAUUGGAGCUCAUGUUAGCAUUCUGUAAAGAGAUUAAUGGUGAAGAAUUGCAUUUUAUGUACAAAAUGUGCGAGUUGAAUCCAAAUUCAAUGUACUUAUCGUUAAAAUCAGAAUUGUACAAAGCUCAACACAAAACAUUGCCCAUCGCGAUAUACUAUGAAACCACGUUUAUGUGGGGUACUAUUAAAAGAUUAACGAAAGAAGAAGUUUUAGAAAUAAGUUUUAUUAAAAAUGCCCUCAAAUGA